CGCUUUACGUGUGUGUUAUAGUCUUUGAUUCACAGCUGCUGGUUUACAAUGCAUAAAUCCGGUUUCGUAUUGCAUAGAAUACGCAAGGCUUUGAUAAUCUUACCAUUUUUCCAUAAACACCAUGACCUUGGAUAUGGCACUAGAAUGAGAACAUUACAUCACAGAAGAAGGCCUGUCAGCAGUUAGUCUCACUCCACUUUGACACAAUCCAGUUUGAUAAAACGUGUAAGGUUGAGGGGUGACCCUAUUGAUGUUUAUAAAAUCAUGAGGAGCAUUUAUAAAGUGAAUGACAAGGGUCUUUUCCCGAGGAUGGGGGAUUUCAAAACUAGGGGACAUUUUUAAGAGAUAGUAAGUACUGCUGAUGCUGGAGGAACACAGCAGGCCAGACAGCAUCAGAGGAGUAGGAAAGUUGACGUUUUGGGUUGGGACCCUUCUUCGGAAAUUUUAAAGUUGAGAGGAGAAAGUUUCAAAAAGACCUGAGAGGCAACGUUUUUUACGCCGUGCGCUUUGUGUGUGGAUUGAACUGUCAGUAAAAGUCGUGGAUACAGGGAAUUCUUGAAAGUUGCUUAAAACAUAUGGCAUAGUGGAUGGUGGCACAAUGAGUGGGGAGCCUGAUGCCCUAGCAGUAGUAAACCAGCUGCAAGAUUUAGCAUCUGACCCCUUAAACAGGCGAGCAAUUGUUCAGGAUCAGGGAUGUCUGCCUGGGUUAAUCCUGUUCCUAGACCACUCAAAUCCUCAAGUUGUUUACUCUGCACUAUUGGCUUUGCGCUAUCUGGCAGAAUGCCGUUCCAGCAGAGAGAAAAUGAAAACUGAACUGGGCAUGAUGCUGAGUUUACAAAAUGUGAUCCAAAAAACAACGACGCCUGGUGAAACUAAGAUUUUGGCAAAUGAAGUGUAUGAAAUUUUGCAGUCAUCAAGCAGUGAAGAGUCUGACUACACAAAUGAUCGUAACUCACAUAGGCGCAAACCACAGUUUUUCUUGGGGAGCACUAACAAACGGGCGAAAACAGUUACUCUGCAGAUAGAUGGUUUGGAUGAUGCGUCACGGAGGAAUAUGUGUGAAGAAGCGUUGUUGAAAAUUAAAGGUGUCAUCAGUUUUACUUUCCAAAUGACUGUAAAAAGAUGUAUUGUACGGAUCCGUUCUGAUCUAAAAGCAGAGGCACUGGCAUCUGCUAUUGCAGCAACCAAAAUUCUGAAGGCACAACAAGUGAUCAAAAAUGAAAACGGAGAAGAGAUGCUAGUUCCAUUCCAGGGCGCAUCUGUUGAAGUAGAGGAGAAUACAGAUUUACCAGACUACUUGCCCGAAGAUGAGAGUCCCGCAAAGGAUGGAGACAAUGCUGUGUCCCGUGUUGGGAAUAAGCAAGAAGUUGGUGGCGGCUGGUUCAGUACAGCAGCAAACUUUUUAUCAAGAUCAUUUUAUUGGUGACAGGUAGUUGUAGUUGCACCAGACUUGGGUAUUUGUAGGACUGUGGAAACAGGGAGCUGUUUUCCCAUUGUUGUGGUGAAUUGUCAAGUGCAAUUUGCAGUAAUGCAAGAACAGUUUAUAGAGGCUUUACAUAUACUGCAUUUUCACUAAAACAAGAAUUUAAGCCAUCAGUAAUAGAAGAGAUCCUUUUCUGCCUUUAUCAUUUAAAUUGCCUCACAAUCAUGUGUUUAUUAUUUUCUUCCAACGGGUCCACAUCAAUACCAAAUGACAUGAAAAGUGAAGCUUAAGCAACCAGAGUUUGGAUGGAUUCUUCUGCAGCAUCCUACAUAGGGUACCCAUGUUCAGCUCUAUCACUUGAAUGUUGUACAGAAAAUCUCUUUGUUAAUGUAAAGAGAAUUGUGCAUGAAUUAUGCUUUUUUUUUGAUGUUACAUAUUUCACUGGCAUUUCAAGUACUCACAGUUGCUUGAGACCUAAAGGAUUGCAUACGUUUGCCUUAAAUUUUAUGUUCAAAUUCUAAAGCCUUCAUUACAUAUGCCUUUUUUGUUUUCCAUCUGAAUGCUGAAAUUCGUUCUGCUUUUUGGUGCAACUUAUCCUUGAAACUUAUUAAUAUUCAGUCUUUUCUGUACAUAAAAGUUGCACUCUGAUCAAUGUACAGUAAAUGAACCAACGUGCUGACUUUUAAUCUGAUUUUGCAACAGUUAGAUAAAACCGUCAAAAGCCUGUUAACUGCACUUUGAGUACUCAAUGCCUUGCUGUUACAAUGCAACAUUUUGUUUUAUUGUCAGAUAACAUGUAUUAAAACAAUGAAUAAUUUGACAAUUGAAAUGUUUGUUUGAGGUGACAGGAAUGUACAAUAUUCUACAUAUAAAUCUUUGUUGUUAAUUUACAUUCAAGUAAUUGACAUUUAGUUUGUGCCAAUAGCUUGUAUGUUCCACUGUGUUACUACAUUUUCCAUUAAACAUAUUGUAUAUGGACUAC